GAAAACGACAUGGCUCAUUUCGCAGCAUGCCUCAUCCUUGUCUCUCUCCUCUCCCAUCUCACAGCAUCAGCAGCAUCUGGAGCCCUGAAAAAACUGCCCAGUGCCCUUGGUGGAUCUGUGACCUUCCCUCUGAAUGUCACAUUAAAGCAGAUUGACAUUAUUGCCUGGACCUUCAACACAAGUUUUCUUGCCACCAUACAACCAGCCAUGGGAGGAAAACAAGCCAUUGUCAUAGUGGCCCAAAAUCGGAACAAGGAUAGGGUGUUCUUCCCAGAUGGAAGCUACUCCCUGAAACUCAACAAACUGAGGAAGAAUGACUCAGGUGUCUACCGUGUGGAGAUAUACAGUUCAUCCUCUCCUUUUCCCUUCACCCAGGAGUAUGAGCUACAUGUUUAUGAGCACUUGUCAAAGCCCAAAGUCAUCAUGGGUCUGCAGGACAAUAAGAAUGGUACUUGCAUAACCAAUCUGACAUGCUCCAUGGAACAGGAGGGAGAGGAUGUGAUUUAUAGCUGGAAGGCUCUGGGGCAGGCAGCCAAUGUUUCUCAUGAUGGUCCCAUCCUCCCCAUCUCCUGGAGACUGGAGGAAAAAGACAUGACUUUCAUCUGCAUGGCCAGGAAUCCCAUUAGCAGCAGUUCCUCACAACCCAUCCGUACCUGGAGCCUCUGCAAAGGUGCUGCUGGUGAUUCAGACUCCUCCAGGCUCUUCCUGUAUCUCCUGGUGGUGCCCAUCCCACUUUGUGUCAUUGUACUGAUGAAAAUUCUUCUGAUUAUGCAGACAGAAAGAGGAAAAGUUUCAGAGCCCAUUGAAGACAAGAAGGGAACGGAUGUCCAUCGGGAAAUUCCCAACUACUGCCUCCCUUCUGAAGUGAACACAGUAUAUGACACAGUCCCUCACACUGAAAGUAAUACAGAGGAAGAUCAAACAAAUACACUUUAUUCCAUUGUACAGAUUCCAAAAAUGGUGAAGAGUCCCCAGUCCCUACCCAUGACGCCAGACUUGCCCAGGCAAGUUAGCUUUGAGAAUAUUAUCUAG